AUGACCCGUGGCAACCAGCGCGAUAAGGCCCGCGAGGCGGCCCAGAAGAAGGCCGCGGCUCAGAAGAAGGGGAACACCAUGAGCGGCACCGAGAUGCAGCGGGCCAAGGAGACUGCCGCCGAGAUCAUGCGCCAGAAGCAGGCCGCCGCCCCCGGUCCCGACGUGUUGGUCCAGGACAGCGAGGCCGUUUAA